AUGCAGGAUCCGAACUUCUUGAAGUACAUCAACACUACGAUUAAGCUGCUGUCGACACACAGCGGAAGGGACAAGGUGGCCAAGACACUCCACUACGCGUCGCGCAUUUGGAUAUGGCACCUUCAGAACAAGGGCAAGAAGGAGCGAGCCGAUCAAAUUGAAUCCUUCAGGCAAGCGAUCGGCAACAGCCGGAGGGUGGGGCGGUUCUUCUCCCUCCUCAACUCGAUCCCCUCAAUCUACCAACUGGUAUUCCCUGACCCGAGGACGAAGGACCGCGAAAGCGAUCUGUUCCGCUUCUUGCUCGUGGUGGCCAACGUGAGCGACAUGCUCUACUACGUGUCCGACAAUCUCACCUACGCCGCGAAGUACGGCUUCAUCAAGCUCAGCCCAGAGACCAACUACUUCUGGGAGGAGCUUGUGGGGUCGUGGACAUGGUUCGUGUCGAUGAUCGUGUACAUUGCCCACGACAUCAAGACCUACCUCAAACUACAACAACAGCGCCUUCGGUUGGAGCAUCAGGUGAUGAAGGACAGCACGACGGCCAAGGCCUCUGCUUCCGCUCUCGCUGCUACAGAUGAGGAGAUCUUCAACAACAGGCUAAGCUUGAUCAGGAACCUGGCUGAUAUGCAGCUCGCAAUCUACUUCUGCUUUCCCAACUCCACCUGGUCUUCCCAAUGGGUCGGCCUCUUUGGUGUCAUCAACGCCGUCACUGGCGCUGAUUUUAUGUUCUGGCAGGAUGGCAGACAGCGCGUGCUCAACAAGUCGGUUCACGAGGUCACCAACUCUGUUCUUGGUCGCAUCAUCGAGAAGAAGAAGCGGGGCAUCGCCCGCUCUCACGGCAUCCAGCUCAAGAAGAUCAAGAAGACCGCCACCCGCCACUCCUCCCUCGAGGGGCUCAUGGCGUUGAAAACCUUCGUGGGCGAUUUCCUGGACAAGGGCUGCUACAACAAGUUGCUGGAGGCCGUGGGCGAGGACAUCGAGGCCAGGGUCGAGCGGCUGCAGAGCUACGACGAGAUCAACUUUGUGUGGAUGGUCUCCUUCUUCACCGGCUUCCAGCGCCUCCGCAACAGCCACCGCGAGCAGUUUACCGCCAUCUUCUACGUCCUCGCAAUCCUCCUCAUCCUCGACCUCUCGCGGACCCGCGGCCUUGCUUUCGGCCGCCUUGAGCGGACCAACUGGGGCGAACGGGAGCGGCGGCAGCCCUCUGGUGGUGCUGGGAUUCGUCUGCACAAGACCCUCUCGUUGGGCGAGAAGAAGCAGGCCGUCGCUCUGCCGGUCGUGUCCAUCUCCCUCCCACCCUUCUCCCCUGCCUCCACCACGCCCACCACCGACCCUCUACGGAGAUUUCCACCUCCGCCCACCUCGUCCGCAACCGCCACCACCACCUCCUCCACAUCUUCAUCUUCAACAAACACCACCGCCACCUCGAAAGUCGGCCCGCCUCUCCACGCGAAUGAUGGCAAGCCACGUCAGCAACAGCCGCCCCAGGCCACCCCAGGCGGACCGCUGGACGACCACGCCGCCGGCAUUAAGGCCAAGGCCAGGAAGCAGCAGCCGAAGGAAGCUCACUCCGUGCAGUCGAAGGAAAGCACCGCGGCGGCUGCGGCGGGAAGAAACUACAUCAUCUUUCCCUCGCUGGCGGAGAUGGCCGACACCGAAGCCGGGAAGAAGGCGUCGCUCUCCCUCUCGGACGGCGCACCCUCCGUCCAGUUCAGGCGCCACUUUCUCUUCCCCGAGGCCGGUGCUGCGCUCUUCUCGAAUCUGACCACACAGGCGUGUUGGGUCGAUGACCGUGAGGGCUCCACCGGACGAGCGCCAUCCAAGUUUGCGUGGUUUGGCGACUCCCGAUCAGAGCUUUCAUCGGGUGGUGUGGUCAUCAAGCACGAGGAGUGGACGCGGAUCCCUCUCCUUAGCGAACUCCGAGACAAACUAGAGACCGAGUUUCAUACCACGUUCAACGCUGUUCAUUGCUCCUAUUUUCGAAAUGGAUCAGAGUGUUCCGGGGGCUGUCCAGAUGAUCCUCAAAGCCAGAAGACCGACGCCGUGUUCGUUUGUCUGGGGCAGAAGCGCAAUCUCCUGCUCUCCCCCAAGGCCAGGCAGGACUGCGGCACGAGUAGCAAGUUGCCGCAUGUCCGCGUCGUGAUGGAGGCCAAUGCUGCGCUCUUCGUGCACCGAACAGCGCGUUCACUCUACGACUACUCGGUGCCGCAGAGCGAGGAGCUUGUGACAGGCGGGAACAUCAUGCUAUGCUUCCGCCGGCUCGCCGCCACUCCCAAGAAUACCACGCCCACGGUCGCUGGCAGGGACCCACUGCGAAGUAGCCAGUCACGCACGGAAGGAAGUCAGGCCGGCGACAAGACAAAGACGCCCUCGGGGAAGGGCAACACCGCAGCGCGCAAUGCACCGACCAGCGCCAAGAACGUCAUCUACAUAGACGAGGACGACGAAGUGUUGGAUUCCCAGAGAGAAGCCUCGACAUCCGUGAAAACCGAUGAUCUGCAGGACUACGUGGGGCGCAUCUUCUCAUCGAGGCACGAUCUGUACAGUUUGGGCCUCCACAUGACCUACACGACCUCCAUCUGCGGCAACAUGGAAAAGGGAGCCGACUCCAUUCUUCUGUCUGAUCCUGCCGCGCCACCGGUCAACGAGCGACUCCUGUACACAUGCGUCAACAAUUCGCACGAGAACCAGAUCGAGAGGGCCGUACUCCAGUGUACUGACCACCAUUACACCAACAAACAGAUCAAUGUGCUGAAUGAUAUCCCCGUUCGGCUGGUGCGUGGCUGGCGAGCCGACUAUGAGACCAAGAGCAGCCGCUCUAGUGACAAGGACGACGAACGGAUGUGGUACCGAUACGACGGACUCUACUCGGUGCGCCACUACGUCGACGAACCCUCGCGGGACGACGGCCCACCGAGCGGACGCGGCGAAGGGCCGGUCUUCUGUGAGUUCCUGCUGACGCGACUCCCGCUCUACCCGACUCCGCCGCUGCCACCGAUGGCGCCCAAGAGAAGCGAGCCUCCCAAGCCGACCCUGCCAUCCAUCUCGUCCCUCACCUCCCUGCCCCCGCCGUCGUCGUUCCGGGACGCGCGGAAGAUCGACCUCCGGCAGGGCGACUACCUCUCGCGGGACUACGAUGACGACGACGGAGUCGAGAUCAUCGAGGUCAAGCACGCUUCACAGCCACCUCACCACCUCCACCCCACUUCCACCUCGUCUUCAUCCUCGACUUCCCAGCACGGUCAGCAGCCGCGACAGCUGCUCCCGCCCACGUCCUCUCUGCUGAACCCGAGCGCAUCCUCGUCUCCCCUGCGCCGGCUCUCCGGCUCGGAGCCACCAUCGCGCAUGCCCACCUCCUACUCGCAGCUGAUGCCCGCAAGCUCGCCACAGCGUCAGCACCCGCAACACGCAACAGCAGCAGCAUCAGCAGCCGUCGUCCAUACCGCUGCCGGGCAUUCUCCCCUACAUGAAAACCGCCUACAGCGGACCCUCGCCACCGAGCUCAGCCGGGGGUUCUUCGAAGCUCGGCGCUCCACCACCUCCGCCUCCGGCCUCCAUCCGCCUCCGCCGUCGCAGUCCAACAGCAGCAACCUCAACGCGGCCAUGCUGAUGUACAACCUGUUCGGCGUCAACCCCGUGAUGCCGCAGGCGCCGCCCGGCCUAGCUGCGCUCUACCCCGCGGUAACGCCCUACUCGGACCCGCAGCAACAGCAGCAGCUCUCGGAGCUGUUUCGACCCGCGACCACUUCCAUCCCCGCUCAGCACCACUUGGCGGCGCUGGCGCCGCCACCCUCUGCUGCGCAGUCGCCCAUGGCCCUGCAGCCAUCGCUUUAUGAGGUGCCCACGGCGCACCUGCUCUUCUUCAUGAAUCUCAUUCCCCAGAAGGACCGCGAGAUUGCCCAGAUCAUGCGGCAGAAGGAACUCGACAACGCCAAGCCCAAGCGGAAGGACGAGUCGCACGACAAGAAGCGAAAGCGGCGGUCGAAAGAAGAAGCGAGCGGGACGAAGAAGAAGGGCGGCAGCAGCAAAUCGAACGGGCGGUCGCGGAGAUCGACGGUCGACGAGGAGUACAUCGACCUGGGGCUGGUGGACAACGAAGACGACGAGAUCAUCAACAACUGGUCCUCGCGACGGCGUGGAGCCGCCGUGCAGAAGAAGAGCGACGUCGAGUGGGAGAAAGUGAAAGAGCUGGCCGCCGCCGAGCGGUCGGUCAAACGGAAGAAGUCCAGCGGCGGCGGCGGCAGCAGCCGACAUCACAAGGCGGAACCGGUUGACGCCGAGCCGAUGAGGCCCAAGGAGGUCUCGCCGAACAAGCGGAGCCGAAGCGACCGAAAGGGCCGAGGAGCGGCCGAAGGAGAGGACGAAGGUUCCGUCUUCUGCAUCUGUCGCUCAUCCGAGGAGUACGGCUUCAUGAUCGCGUGCGACAAGUGCAACGAGUGGUUCCAUGGCGGCUGCGUCGGACUCACACCGGCGGAGGGGCAGGAGAUGAAGACCUACAUCUGUCCACGAUGCCACCCGCCAAAUCCGCGCAAGAAGGCGUUCCCUUUGGCGACGCCCUGUCCGCGGCGAUCACGGGUGGGCGUCGCGACGAAGAAGGAGAACGAGAACGAGGAGGACGAGUUUGUGGUGGACGAGGAGAAGAUCGAAUGGAACGAGCUGGGCGAGGUGGUCUACUGCGGCGACGGCGACAUGACGGACGAUUUCCAGUCCGAUGACCCGAGCGGGUUCGUCUUCGUGGCCUACGGCUCGUUCGACGACAUUGCGCGCGAGCGCGAAGAGGCGCGCAAGACGCGGGAGGACUACGUCAAGAAGCAGCAGCAGCAGCGCUACCUCCAACAGCGCCUCCAGGCCAUCAUCAAGCAGGACAACGCCGCCACCAACGGCAAUCCCGCCGUCGAGCCCGCGCUGGAGGAGCCCACGGCCUCGCUGCACCCCUAA